AUGGAGAAAUUGAAAGUGAGGAAUGCUAGGUUGGAAAGCGAAUUACAGAGGGCGCUGGUUACAAACUCCAAAAAACCCAGUUUCAACCCAGGAAAAAGGAAAGAAGGUGAUGUGCACGCAACAUCUGCAACCCCUGUGUGGAGAGGUCAGGCUCCCACUCAUAACUACCAACCAUACUGGGGUCAACAUCCACAUGCAGCUAAUGCAUCAUUUGGCCAUCAAACUAGGCCUCAACAACAGCCAGGGUACUAUCAACCACAGUACAUCUCGACGAAUAAUUGGAGGGGAGGGGCAAAUGUAAGUUCCAAUGUGAAUGCGGGUCCAAAUACUUAUCCAAGAAGGAACCAGGAGAGAAAUUAUGUUAAUUUUACUCCAAUUCCUACAACUUAUACGGAAUUAUUGCCUCAGCUUAUCAAACAGGGUCUGGUUGUCAUUUGUCCCCUGAAGCCUAUGCAGCCUCCGUAUCCAAGAGGUUAUGAUGCAGAUGCAAAGUGUAGUUAUCAUGGAGGGGCCGCGGGUCAUUCCACUGAGAGGUGUUUGGCUUUCAAGUAUAAAGUGCGGACCCUAAUUGAUUCUGGGUGGUUAAAGUUCCAGGAAGAUAAGCCUAGUAUCGAGGCCAAUCCUUUAUCCGGGCAUGGAAGUGCUUCGACGAAUGCUAUCGAAGUGAAAGAACAUGAAUUGGUAAAAAAUGUGAGGGAAGUCAGGAGCUCCAGGAGGUUUAUUUUGGAGACGUUGUUUAAAAUGGGUAUCUUGAAAGGCGAUUAUGAUGGGAGUAUGGCAUGCGCGCUCCACCCAGAUGCUGAGCAUUCUAUUGAGGAGUGUGUCGAGUUUGAAGAAUUUCUACAAGACCUGUUAGAUCGUGGUCUGAUGCAAGUAUGCUGCAAGAGUGAGGAGGAACAGGUAUUUACACAAACUGGUGAUGGGUCCGGUAUGACUUUACCAGAACCAUUGGUGAUUCGUUUCACCAGGACUACCCCUAUCCCACUGACUCAAGGAAGGUCGCCUGUUGUUAUCCGUGUACCAGCCCUUUUUCCUUACAAGAAUGAAAAGGCCGUCCCAUGGAGAUAUGGGACACAUGCAGUAGACGAAGCACAAAGCGUUGAUCCUGUUGUUAAAAAUAUAUCAGGCAUAGGUGGAAUGACAAGGAGUGGUCGAUUUUUCACACCACCGGAGUUGGCACGAGAAAGAGCUAGUGAUAAAGAAAUGACGAUGGCUGCAAAGGCAAAAGAAUUCUUAAAAGGGAAGGGUGCACAGACAGAGGAGGUCCCUGACAGGGAAGAAAAGAGGGAAGUGUCUGAAGAAGAGGCUUGUGAAUUUUUAAAAUUCAUACAACAAAGUGAAUAUAAGGUGGUGGAACAGUUAAACCGUAUGCCUGCCCGGUUCAAGUAA